AUGUGUACUGCCCAGCCAAGAUGGCUGACAGCAUCCCGUUAAAUCCGGUGCGGAAGAACUCGAAGAGAAUUCCGUAUUACAACUCGGCCAGACAUUCAAGGUACUCUCUAGAAGAUGAGCCCUCUAACCUGGAUGAGAUGCCUCUGAUGAUGUCGGAGGAAGGCUUUGAGAAUGAUGAGAGCGACUACCAGACGCUGCCCCGGGCCAGAGUCAACCAUAGACACAGAGGCCUCGGGUGGUUUCUCUGCGGAGGGUGGAAAGUCCUCUGUGGCAGGUACUCUCUAGAAGAUGAGCCCUCUAACCUGGAUGAGAUGCCUCUGAUGAUGUCGGAGGAAGGCUUUGAGAAUGAUGAGAGCGACUACCAGACGCUGCCCCGGGCCAGAGUCAACCAUAGACACAGAGGCCUCGGGGGGUUUCUCUGCGGAGGGUGGAAAGUCCUCUGUGGCAGGUGA